AUGCCUCGUCCGAGACGGUCGCGUGUCGCACCGGCCCGUCCCACAGUAGCCGCUGAGACUGUGCAACAAGAUCUCGCUCCAAGUGACGGGAAACACGAUGCUGCCAGUCGCGAGCCGGAAUCGGUUGCUGUCGAGUCCCAGAGCAGUAACUUGACAGAACCGCACAGAGCACGUGCUUCGAUGCUCAAGUUGGACUCAGAUCAGACAAGGGCAUUAGAGGAAUCGAAACAGCGAGAGGAUGAGGCCAUGGCGCGGUUAGACGACUUGAGUUCGACAUCCCGCCCUGAGCAGCCCGAGAGCGCCGAUAACGAGAGGGAAUCGCCAGCUCGGGGACGUCCUCGUUUGACGGAUGUGUCAGGUUUGGAUCUUGAGGAUCUUUCUCUGGGCAAUCUGGACGACAGUCUCGACGAUUCAGAGGACGCGAUCGAUGACACACGCACUGGCUACCGUUCGACAGAUACCUCGACUUUCAGCAUUUCUAUGUUCAAGCGCGGCCGGCCUCGUCAGUCAAGCGUUGCGGGUAGAGACGAUGCUCCCAUUCGGCCAAGUAGUCGUGGACAGAACACACCCAGCAUCAGCACUACGUUGAACUUCAGCAACUUCAGGAGGAGGGCGCGGGAGCCGAGUAUUUUGUCAAGCGUACGGAAGCCGAUGAGGCAUCGGUCACAGUCUGUUACCUCGCAAGCUUCACGGGCAGCAAGUGUCUUGGAAGAUGGUGAUGAUUCGGGACCCGAUGGCGAGUCAACACCCGUUGACAAGACCAGGCGGCAGACCCGCGCCUCACAGGCUACUGAAGCCGCUAACGAUGACCUGCAUGUGUGUCCGUCUCGGAAGCGCAAGUCUCUGGAGAGUCACGAAAAUUACCGUGAGAAGCGACCAGCGCUGGACGUCUCCGAGCCGGACGAAGUGCCCAAGCCAGAGGAGGUCCUCCCUUCGAUCGAAGUCGAUCACGAACCCGUUCCUGCUUCGAGCCCAACUCGCGGUAGAACUCGCGAACGGGAACGGCUUUCAACCCCAGCCCAACCUCCAGCUGCUGAAGAUGACCCUGACAUGGCACCACCAAUGAGCAGCAGCGCCUCAGCAAGUAACAGCCCAGUUGCCUGGCCAUCCCUCGACGCCCUAGCACACCGCAACUACACACGCAAGCCGCCGCCUAGGCCAGAAACCCCCGAGUUGAUCGAUUCAUCCUCUGAGCUCUCCUCGCCCCCUUCGUUGACCCAUUCCCCUAACUACCCUACCGCCGCAGCCAAGGCUGCUGCGGCGAGAAAGAAGGCUUCUGUCCAGCCGCCAGCUGCAAAGAAACUCACCACAGCGGACCUUACUUCGCUGCUCCCGCAACGCCGGAAGAAGUCAGCCAAGAGGCAAGAGAGCAUCGACAACGAUGAUCCAUUCGACGUGGACGGCUCGUCUGAUGAGGAGCGCUAUGUGGCUGACCCCGAGGACGUCUCGUAUGUCCAGGCACGCACAUCAAGGAGGAAGAAGCAGCCUUUGUCCAAGUCAGCAUCGAAUCGUAAGGGCAAGGAGAAAGAAGUCAACGGCAAGGCGGAUGGUGGCAAGAAGAAGGCUGUGCGCACAUACGGGUCAGCGAAGCAGCAGGAUAAGGAGAACGAGGAAGUUGUGGCGGAAGAGAUUGUCGUUGGAGGGGCUGGCAACGAGGAUGAUGAGGUGGAGUCUCUGCCGGAAGAGGAGACGACACAGAUGUUGACGGAGAGGAUCGGCGAGGAGCUUGCUAAGGCUAAGAAGAAGUUCAAGGAGGUCGAUAAGUGGGAGCUGUCGUUCGAAGAAGUCGGGCCUGAAUGCUCGUCGCCGGAUCCAUAUGCUCGUUAA